UGCAGUGCCUCAGCACCUCCUGCCAUCGCUCCCUGCCCCCUUGCCAAUUGACAUGCGUCACCAGGAGGGACGGUAUCACUACGAACCUCACCCUGUCCACAGUGUGCCCGGGCCUCCAGCCCUGAGUGGCAGCCCUGUCAUCUCUGAUAUCUCCUUGAUCCGGCUUUCCCCACACCCUGCUGGCCCUGGGGAGUCCCCAUUCAGUGCCCCCCACCCAUACGUGAACCCCCACAUGGAGCAUUACCUCCGUUCUGUGCACAGCAGUCCCACGCUCUCCAUGAUCUCCACAGCCCGAGGCCUCAGCCCUGCCGAUGUGGCUCACGAGCACCUUAAGGAGAGAGGACUUUUUGGCCUGACCGCUCCUGGCACCACGCCCUCCGACUACUACCACCAGAUGGCACUGAUGGCAGGCCACCCCACACCCUACAGUGACCUGCUGAUGCCGAGUGGGGGGACAGCAGGCACGCCACAUCUGCAUGACUACCUCACCCCAGUGGACGUGUCCCGUUUCUCCAGCCCGCGUGUCACACCUCGGCUGAGCCGCAAGCGGGCUCUGUCCAUCUCACCGCUCUCUGAUGCCAGCCUGGACCUGCAGCGCAUGAUCCGGACGUCCCCUAACUCCCUGGUGGCCUACAUCAACAAUUCGCGGAGCAGCUCUGCGGCCAGCGGCUCCUAUGGGCACCUGUCGGCUGGUACCCUAAGCCCAGCCUUCACCUUCCCACAUCCCAUCAACCCGGUGGCCUAUCACCAGAUCCUAGGUCAACAGAGGGGCCUGGGCUCAGCCUUUGGACACACGCCACCCCUACUCCAGCCCUCACCCACCUUCCUGGCCCAGCAGCCCAUGGCCCUGACCGCCAUCAAUGCCACACCCUCCCAGCUUGGCAAUAGUGGAAACUGUCUGAGUGACACCAGCCAGAAUAAGCCAAGCAGCGAGUCAACUGUCAGCAGCACUGCCAACCCCAUCAUGAUCCAUAAACGCAGUAAAGUCAAGACAGAAACCGAAGGCCUGCUGCCCUCCUCCCCGCAGAUGUUGACACAGGAGCAGCUGGCUGACCUCAAGGAAGACCUGGACAGGGACGACUGUAAGCACGAGGCUGAGGUGGUCAUCUAUGAAACCAACUGCCACUGGGAAGACUGCACCAAGGAGUACGACACCCAGGAGCAGCUGGUGCAUCACAUCAACAACGACCACAUCCACGGGGAGAAGAAGGAGUUCGUUUGCCGCUGGCAGGCCUGCACACGGGAGCAGAAGCCCUUCAAGGCACAGUACAUGCUGGUGGUGCAUAUGCGCCGGCACACAGGCGAGAAGCCCCACAAGUGCACGUUCGAGGGCUGCUCCAAGGCCUACUCUCGCCUGGAGAACCUGAAGACACAUCUGCGGUCCCACACUGGGGAGAAGCCAUACGUGUGUGAGCACGAGGGUUGCAACAAGGCCUUCUCCAAUGCCUCUGACCGCGCCAAGCACCAGAACCGUACCCACUCCAAUGAGAAACCUUACAUCUGCAAGAUUCCAGGCUGCACCAAGAGAUAUACAGACCCCAGCUCACUCCGGAAGCACGUGAAAACUGUGCAUGGCCCAGACGCUCAUGUCACCAAGAAACAGCGAAACGACGGACACCUCCGUGUCCCACGGCCCAAGGAGAAUGGGGACAGUGAGGCCAGUGUCCAGCCAGGUGGCCAGGGCUCUGAGGAGAGCACAGAGGCCACCAGUCCCAGCCAGGCUGUUGAGGACUGCCUGCACAUCAAAUCCAUCAAGACUGAGAGCUCCGUGCUGUGCCAGUCCAGCCCCGGGGCCCAGUCAUCCUGUAGCAGUGAGCUCUCUCCCCUGGGCAGUGCCCCCAACAAUGAUAGUGGCGUGGAGAUGCCAAGGACAGGGCCUGGGAGCCUGGGAGACCUGACAGCGCUGGAUGAUGUGCCCCUGGGGGCCAGCACCUCAGCCCUGGCCACACCUUCAGCUGGUGGCCUGCAGCUACGCAAACAAAUGAGCACCAUGCACCGGUUUGAGCAGCUCAAGAAGGAGAAGCUCAAGUCACUCAAGGAUUCCUGCUCCUGGGCUGGGCCAGCCCCGCACAGCCGGACUACCAAGCUGCCACCCCUCCCGGGAAGUGGCUCCAUCCUGGAAAACUUUGGCAACAGUGGGCCAGCGGGGCUGCAUCCGAGUCCGCGGCUGUCCGAGCUGCCUACGAGUGAGGUGACCAUGCUAAGCCAGCUGCAGGAACGCCGUGACAGCUGUACCAGCACGGUCAGCUCCGCCUACACCGUGAGCCGCCGCUCCUCCGGCAUCUCCCCCUACUUCUCCAGCCGCCGCUCCAGCGAGGCCUCCCCACCCGUCCCAGGUCGCGGGCACAACGCCAGCUCAGCCGACUCCUACGACCCCAUCUCCACAGACACGUCGCGGCGCUCCAGCCAGGCCAGCCAGUGCAGUGGAGGCGGCUCCGGGCCGCUGCACCUCACCCCUGCACAGCAAUACAGCCUUCGGGCCAAGUACGCAGCCGCCACCGGUGGGCCCCCACCCACACCCCUACCGGGCCUGGAGCGCGUGAGCCUGCGCACCCGCCUGGCGCUGCUCGACACGCCCGGCUCUGCCCUGCCGCCACCCUGCCCACGUGUCCUGGGCCCACGGCGCAGCAGUGACGGCCCAGCCCCCACCCACCCCAGGCCCGCUCCCACCUUUGCGCACGAUGUGCUGGGCCCUGGGGUGCGGCGGGCCAGCGACCCCGUGAGGCGACCUGAGCCUGCAGCGCCCCCACAGGUGCAGCGCUUCCACAGCGCCAGCUGCGUGGGCCCCACCACACUGCCAUGCCUGGAGCGCUGUGCCUUUGCCCUGUCAGCCUACCCGUGUGUGGACAGCGGUACGGUCCGUGGUGCCUACUCGCCACAUGCGCCUAGCAUCAGUGAAAACGUGGUGAUGGAGGCUUUGGCCGUGGAGGCGGGUGGCAUAGGUCCAGAUGACGAGCUGAUGCUACCUGAUGAUGUGCUUCAGUAUAUUAACGCUCACACCAGCAGCGCCUUGCAGGAGAGCAGCCCGCAGGGGUAUCCUGCUCAAAGCACUAGCUUCCCUGAGACUGCCAAGCUGCCCAGUCCGGCACUGCACAGUCAGCGGAGGAUGGUACCUGUGGACUCGAACAUGGGCCCCACGACUAUGCCAGGAGGCUCCCAGCUGAGCUUUGAGGUGCCUGAGAGCCUCAACAAAAACACCAUGCCUGUGCAGUGGAAUGAGGUGAGCUCGGGCACUGUGGACACGCUGGCCAGUCAGAUAGAGUCCCCACUCUUUCCACAGAACGGCUUGGCGCUAGGUCCACAGAAACAGGUGCUUGCUCAGUGCUCAGGCUACAGCCGGCAGAACCUGCAGACAAGCCCAGCGGGCCUGGACAGCACGCAGCCACACCUGGAGCCUCACUCAGGGCACAGGGCCAGUUAUGUACAGCAGAUGCGACAGCCAGCCACAGGUGGCCAGUGUCCCAACAUGGCUACCACAACCAGUCCCUACUCUACCAGUGGUCAGGCCACCUCCCAGCUGAGCCCCAGCACCAUGGAAGUCCUAACCCAGUAUUCAACAUCUUGUAGCAAUAUGCCAACCAAGUCAGGCCACCUGGGGCUCCCUCAGCAAAUGGACAUUGCUCCUGAGUCCACCAUGCUGGGCAACAGACAUAGAGAACUUGGAGACCCCAGUUCUUCCCUGACUGUGGUGCCCCCACCUCUCCCAUCCCAGAGUUACCCACAACAGAGCCAUCACUUGGUGGCCCCGGUGAGCCAGGAGGGCUUCCACCACGGUCCCAACCUUCUACCCUCCCACCAGUCUGGCUUUAUGGAGCCCCAGCAGGGCAUGAUGGGGUCAGUAGCAUCAAACUUUGGCCUACUGCAGCCCCGGCCUCCUGCUGAGCCCAGUCCAACCAGCCAUCACAGUGGAGUGCGUGCUGGACAGCAGCUGGCCUAUUCUAGGGCCACUGGUCAUGCAAUGAAUGCUGGGUUGGCCAGCCAGGGACCAGCAGAGGCCACGCCCAAGGGAGUCAUAGGCACUGUGCUGCCUGCUCCCACACAGCAGCCCCCAGAAUGUGCCAACGGGGCCCAGGAUCACAGCCUACUCUGCUACUACGGCCAUAUCCACAUGUACCAGCAGGACAGAGGCCCUGGGAGCCACCCGGACUGCCAACUCACGCAGCCCCAAGCCUGUGCAAAUAGCAUGAAACCCCAGCCCUUGCCAUCACCAGGAGUCAACCAGGUGUCCAGCACUGUGGACUCCCAGCUCCUGGAGGCCCCCCAGAUUGAUUUUGAUGCCAUCAUGGAUGAUGGUGACCACUCAAGCUUGCUCUCAAGCACCCUGAGUCCCAGCUUCCUCCACAGCCUCUCCCAGAACUCCUCGCGCCUCACCACCCCAAGGAAUUCUUUGACGCUGCCCUCCAUCCCCUCAGGCCUCAGCAACAUGGCUGUGGGUGACAUGAGCUCCAUGCUCACCAGCCUGGCUGAAGAGAGCAAGUUCCUGAAUAUGAUGGUUUAA